CAUGAAGUGUUUUAACUAUAACCUGUCCACGAUCUGGCUAUUUAUUUUACGAUUUUUUUUAUUCAAAAGCAUAUUUAGAAUCCAUCGACAGAAUAAAAGACAAUGAUUUCAGAUGUGAAGCAACGUUUUAAUUACAACAAGAAACGCAAACAUAACAUGAGCUAAGGAGAAUUUAUGGUUUGUCAAGUGCCGAAAGUGCAUGACAUACAGUCCUCUGAAGCCGUAUUUGAUCUAUGGAUUGGAAUAAUAUGAUCGAACGAGUCCAAAUUUGAAGAAACCCGUUUUAGUUUUGGACAUUAUAUAAACACCUAUCUAAUCAGUUGGUAUACAGUAAAUAUAGGUUAGGAUUACAAUUACGAUUGUUGCAGUAGCUGGAGAAAGAUUAAGAGUUACUUAAGGCUAACCAGAAUUUAUUACAUCUCAUUAUAAGUGGCUCUUCAUUCUACUUUACUGCCCUACUCUAAAAACCUUGCGGACGGGUUUUAUAACUUCGUUUUCGUGCCGUGAAACUGCAAAGCUAAGGUGUAAUGCUAAAUGUACCGUAUGCAAAGUGAAUUGGCGUGUUUCUUAGGUAUUGAAGGAACAGCGACCGAGGAAUACACUUAAAAGGUAAAGACAUUGCUGGAGGCGCGAAGGUGGAUUUCAGGGUGUUCUCCAAUGACCUGCCAUUCAUCCGACUCCACCGAAACCAUAGAGAAUGAAAGGAGGUCGGAAACCGAGUCCAGAGUUGUAGAUUCCGAUCAGAACCGCAUUGCAGCAGCCAUGAGAGAUCUUAAGAAGACAGGGUGGUACUGGGGUAGUUUAACUGCCAGUGAAGCUAAAGAGAUACUCCAGGACACACCGGAGGGCACCUUCCUGGUCAGGGAUAGCUCACAAAGGGACUACCUGUUUACCAUCUCUGCCAAAACCUCCGUGGGGCCAACCAACUUGCGCAUAGAAUACAAAGAUGGCAAAUUCAAAUUGGACUCAGUGGUGCUCAUCAAACCCAAACUAAAGCAGUUUGACAGCGUAGUUCAUCUUGUAGAACACUAUGUGUUUCUGUCAAGGACUUUGAAAGGCUCAGAGUCUCUUAACCCACCCAAUGGCACAGUCCAGCUGCUUUUGACCAAGCCAGUUUAUACAUCAAUACCAUCUCUGCAGCAUCUCUGUAGGAUCUCCAUCAAUAAAGCAACCAAAAGGAUUCAGGACCUGCCUCUGCCUAACAGGCUGAAAGAUUAUUUAACAGACUACAUUUACCACGUUUGAUAAAGGUGUUUUUUGUAACAGUGUACACACAUUCAAUCUAUGAUAUUUUUUUUUUCUUCACUGUUGCCAAAUAAGGGGUUAAAAAGUGUUUAAAUUCAUGAAGAUUUUGGAGUGGCAUGAAUGCAGAUUAUCUACAAGCAAUAUUAAAAAUCACAGAAGUACAUUUGUAAGUGUUAUUUUUAUUUUGUAUCUUUUUUUAUCUGAAAUGAAGAUCUGACAUUUCAUUGACAGGCUUAAGGGAUAUUUUCUGUCUUUGACACAAUCUUGUUACUUUUGUUUUGUGCCACAAAUUUAGUUAAUACUGUCGCAAGCAAUAAAAGCUUUUGGCAAAGCAAUAGCUCCAUUAUUUAGGUGAAGUCUCUGGGACUGCUAUACAAAUGUGACAUUUUCUGUUGACUGAGACUUUGGUGCCCUUACUUAACAUACUGUAUAUGUGAUCAUUUUUAUGAACUCAGCUGUGGGAAUUGUGCUUUUACAAGUCCUUAUAUUUUUAACACUUGAAAAUAAAUGCUUUUACUUUGUCGUUACACUUGGUGGAAGAAAUGAAAAAAAAAUUGACUAGUUUUUAUCCCAGCGUUUUGAAAAGGUUGUUCAGGUGUACAUUUUACCUGAAUCUUUUAUAAUCAGUUAUCAUUGUAUUUAGCUAAUUUAGAUUGCUUCAAUGUAUGGAACAGAUCCUCUGUCUAAAUCAAAGAAAAAAAAAUACAAUAGAGAAUGAGUCAAAUUGAAGCGGGAUGUUUCACCACUUGAAACCAGUCUGCAUCCACCAUCCUUCUUCAUGUUUGUGUUUCUUAGAGUGGGUAUUUCUAAACCAGUUCUUGGAGAGACUCACUGCUGCAAGUUUUACAGGUAACUAUUAAAACAUCAGGUUCUGAAGACUUGGAACAAUUUAAUUCAGAUCAGUUCCAGGUGAUGUGUUAAAUAAUCUCUAAAUCUGGAACACAAAUUUAGCCCAUGAGGAACAGAGUUCCAGAGCUGAGCCUUUUUAAGCAAUAAUUAAUAAGUGUUCCCAGUCUUUGGAAAUAGGAAAUUUGAGGCAAUGUGAUCUAUAAGACUUAUUGGAUUGGGGUUCACCAUGACUAAACAGGGGUGUCUAUUUUAAAAUAUAACUACAAUGUUUAACAAUUUAAUGCCCAUUUCUUUCUAUGAUCUUGUGAAAUAAUGACAGACAGUGAAACCUUACAGGUGAUGGGUGUUUUCUGGAUUCUAGUUACAUUGUGUUUUCGAAGGGUAAAAUUCAAAUAAGAUGAGAAAUUUGAUGUUAAAAUGGAAACUGGAACCAUUCUGUACUGAAACUGAGUAAGGCAUUUAUUUAGGGGUCACAGGUUAAUUGCAGUUUCUGCAUUAUUUCUCAUUGAUAUUUAUACUGUAGUUACUGUUUGCUUUUUGGACUGUUGAUUGAUGAGAUGUCUUAUUAUAUCCAGGCUUGCUCAUUUUCCACAUCUAUUUUUCAGGAGUACAGAAAUUACAACAAAUUCAACUUGUAAAGUGCAUUGUAGUAUCUGAGUCGUAUUAAUUGCAUUAUCCUGGUCAGUGAGUGAGGAUCUAAUUUAUUGUAUUUGACCUCAUUGCUUUCAGGUCAUCAAAUCUCUAUAUUUUAUGUUAAAUACAUUAUCUGCAUUCCUAAAAGUAGCCAAGUUUUGCAUCACUUUAUGCAAUCAUAUCAUAACUGAAAUUUAAUUUUGUAGUCUAUCCUGUCUGCUCUGAUACAUUAAUAUGAAAAGAAAAUUAUUAAAUCCAAUACUGUAUUCUGAGAUUGUUUUAAUUUAUUGUCUAGGCUAUUAGCUUUCAAAAGGUGCCAAACAAAUUGCAAUUUGCUCAGGUGUGUUGAAUAGCUAAAAGAUUUAAUUUACCAGAAAGUAUUUGGAUACAAAAAAAUGAUCUUAUAUGCUCUUAUUUUCUGCACAUCUAAUGAUACAUUUUGAAAUCAGGCAAGUCUAAAUAAGGACAUUUCUUUUAUGGCAGAGAAAAGCUUUUGUACUCAAGUGAUUUAUUUUUAUUUCCCUUAUUUCCAUCCUGUAAUGCAGAGUAGGAGACAAGUACAGUAUAUACUUUAAAAUCAGUACAAGACAGGAUGUUAUUUUAAAUUAAACAAAACAGCAUUAACAUUAAAGUUGAAAAAGAAUGAUUGGAAUUUGGCCAAUUAAUUAAGCUCGUAAAUGUAGUAGUGCUCUUCAAAGAAAGUUGUGCCUGGAAGUAUUCACACAAUGUUUUAUAAAACAUAAAAUACAGGAAUAGAUGAGUUAUUGUAAAGAAGUAGUAUUGUAUAUAAACAUAAUUGGAAACAGCCUAAGAUGAGAAAGCAGCUAAGAUACUGGUUUAUCUUCAUGAUCAAUUAAAGUAAAAUAUCUUUAGUUUAUUAAAGUUAUUGUCAUAAUCUGAAAUUCCAUGAAAUACUUAAGAUAUUAAGCAAUCUGUACUCUACCUAGGAUAAAACAAUGAAACAAUUUAAUUAAAAUUAAAAAAAAAAAUUUUUUGGAAAAAUUAAAAUAAUGAAAACCAGUUUACCGCAAUCAAAUGAUUAUUGUGUAGUGUGGAUUGUGGAUUGUGUUGAUGAAAAAAAUUCCCUUCACCUGUUAAAGGUUCUCAGAAUUGCCCUUGGUAUUUUGUGUUUUAGAAUUUGAAGUCCAACUAUAAUAGGUCUCUAGAAAUACCUACAGUACCUAACGAUAACUAGAUUUACAGUGAUGCAAUAGACUAUAUUUUUGGCAUAACAUGCCUAAAUUAUUUAAAUUGUGUUGCACCACAUGUAUUCAGUUGCCAGGUUUAAUAAAUAUGACAGAUUACAGAUUUAAAAUUAAUAUUCAUUUUAAAGUUAUGCUGAACUUUAUGAUUUUAUUUGAAAUUGAAAAGAACACAUUGAUCCCACAUUGUUCUUGUUUAAGUCAUUUUAAUACAGUUGUUGAAAGAUCUUAGAGCAAAAUGUUAUUUAUUUGUCAGUUCUCUUGUUAUUUUAUGAUACUUAUACAUAUUUCUUUUUGGUGUUCUCCAAAACCUGUAUGUUAAUGGGCAAACAGACUUUCAACCAAAGGAAUUUGUGUGGAUCAGUAUUAUCUACUAAAAUUUGUGUGCUAAAAAUAUAACCAAAGAAACCUCAGUGAUCUCAUAGCUAUCGCAGAUCAGUGUGAAAUAUAGCCUGUUUGUUAGGCAUAUUUUACAGGCACCAAAAAAAAGUUUUCAUAAGAAUGUGGAUUCCAGUGCUCACAGUUGUGUUCUGUGACAUGAUCAUGUUUAGUCAUGUUCUGAGGUCAAUAGUGUAGCUAAGAACCCCAAUUGGGUUACUGAGCAAGACAAAAUAUUUCUUUGGAUGUGGUACACAAUACUGUAUCAUAUAUAGGAUAGUAAUUAUUACAAAAACAGAGAAACUCUAAAUUCCUAAUUUAGUUUCUGGUAUAAACCAAACAGUAUAGUUAAAGUCAGAUUGAUAAUCUGUCCUGUUGACUUGAUCCUAAUUAUAUUGCUGCCCAUUUUGAUAUUUCUUAAGGCUUUAUUUUUACAUGAAAUAAAAAUUAGUGGAUGUGCCUAAAGUGUGCAUACUAUGAUAUUUGUUACAUUACACAAAAUAUUUCCCAGAAUAUGACGAUGUAUUCAACUAAAUUAGUAGAUUUUAAGCAGAACAGAUAUUUAUGUAUGUGCAUAACUUUACACAAUUAAUAUCCAACAUAAUGUAAAAUAUUACAAAUUCUCGAAAAUCUAACUACUUACAGUACAUGUACAGUAACUACCUUAUU